GCAGCACAGCGAAUAAAAAUCGUUAUCCUCGGCUCACAUGCAGCCAUGGCACCCCUGUGAGCCUUAUGAGUGUCUGUGACCUCUUCCUCUGCUUUCCUUCUCCCCCAUCUCCCUCCAUUUUCACAUGAUCUCACUGGCUCUCACGCACAUUACAUUGAGCUGAUCAAUCCCUUCCUCUGUUUCCUCUGCACAUUCACAUGGCGGCAGCAGCGAGAUGGCUUCUUCCACAACCCCCACACAUGCAGCAGAAGCAACAGCAGAUCAUUCUUGCUCUCCUCCUCCUCCUCGCCUCCCAGUGUUUGCACUGCUGCUCGGCUGGUUACAGUGAGCAGGAAGCUGAUAGGGUGGCAUUCCUCCCCGGCCAGACAAGGACCCCGCGGCUCUCUCAGUUCUCCGGCCACGUCACCGUCAACAAGCAGAAUGGGAGGGCGCUUUUCUACUGGUUCUUUGAGGCCCAAGCACAGCCCUCUCACAAGCCUCUCCUGCUCUGGCUCAAUGGAGGGCCAGGUUGCUCAUCAGUGGGGUAUGGAGCUGCUUCUGAGCUCGGACCACUCAGGGUUAGCAGAUUUGCAGCAGGGCUCGAGUUCAACAAGUUUGCAUGGAAUAAUGAGGCUAACUUGCUGUUCUUGGAGUCUCCUGUUGGGGUUGGCUUCUCCUACACAAACACAUCCUCUGACCUCGACAACCUCAAUGAUGGUUUUGUAGCUGAAGAUGCAUAUAGUUUCCUGCUUAAUUGGCUCGAGAGGUUUCCGCAGUACAAGGAUCGGGAUUUCUAUAUCUCAGGAGAGAGCUAUGCAGGUCAUUAUGUGCCACAACUUGCUGACCGUGUAUAUGAGGGGAACAAAGACAAGAAGGCCAGCACAUCCAUCAAUCUUAAAGGGAUCAUUGUUGGCAAUCCAAUAACUGAUGAUUACUACGACUCAAAGGGACUUGCUGAAUAUGCUUGGAGCCAUGCAGUUGUGUCGGAUGAAGUUUACGAGCGCAUAAAAAAAGUGUGUGAUUUUAGAGCCUCAAAAUGGACCAAUGAUUGCGACAAAGCCAUGGGCACCAUCUUUAGACAGUACCAGGAGAUUGACAUCUACAACAUUUACGCGCCCAAGUGCAAUGUUGCGCAAACCUCAGUAGCAUCUGCUGUUGAUGAAGCACUCAAAUACAGUAAUCAUGAACGAUUCAGGAAGAGGAUUAGGAUGUUCUCGGGGUAUGAUGCAUGCUACUCAUCGUAUGCUCAGCAGUACUUCAAUAAGGCAGAUGUGCAAAGAGCAUUCCAUGCAAAUGGCAAUGGGAUGCUCCCUGGAAAAUGGCAAGUUUGCAGUGACUCCAUUCUGAGGACAUACAACUUCUCGGUACUUUCUGUGCUACCAAUCUAUUCCAAGCUCAUCAAAGCAGGACUGAGGGUCUGGAUCUACAGUGGAGAUGCAGAUGGCAGGGUCCCUGUGAUCGGGUCACGGUAUUGUGUGGAAGCACUUGGAUUGCCUAUCAAGACUCAGUGGCAGCCUUGGUACCUGAACAAGCAGGUUGCUGGAAGAUUUGUGGAAUAUGAUGGCAUUACCAUGGUGACAAUCAGAGGGGCUGGCCACUUGGUACCCCUCAACAAGCCCGCAGAAGGGCUCACGCUAAUCGAUUCAUUCCUUCUUGGUAAACAGCUUCCGACGCACCUAUGAUUGAUGGUUAAAUUUGGGGUUAUAGUGAAGGUUAUUUCUGAUCCGAAAAGAAGAAAGUUCAAGGAGAGAGAGUGGAGCCAUAAAGGGCAACCACAGCAUUCCUAGGAGAUCAUUUUCGAAGGAAGGGAUAGUCUGAAUUUUGGGGCUGAUUCAGUACUUUUUUUAAAAUGUUGUACUGUUUAAAGCUGCUUGCGAAGUUUUUCAUUACUUACAGCUCGCAGUACAUUGCUAAUCUAAUGUUAAGCAGUCAACAAA